UUUCAAACUUGGAUCAUAAGUGCCUACCGUUUAACUUUAAUAGCCGUGCCUAAAUUUGAGAAGGUUAGCAGACUAGACGAGUAGUAAUGUCUACGUCUAUCUGCCAGUCUAAUAUACAGAUAAUUAAGCCAAAUUAAAUUACAAAAAUACACAUUUAUUACAUUAAAUUUAUUUUUUAAUAUUAAAAAAGAAUUGAAAGUAUUUUUCAACAACUAUUAGUAUAAUGGUGGUAUUUAAGAUAUUAUAAUAAAUUGUACUAUUUAAGAAUUUUCGUGAAUAGAACCUGUAAAUUUAUUAGAUUGGCAGCGCCGAGGGAAUUAAACAGUUGAAUCGUUUUCUUCAGCUAAAAUUCACCUGUGAUGACUUGUGAAUUUAUGUGCUGCAGCCAAAAUGGAAGGAGAGUAUGAAAAAGCAACAGCUCUAAUUUUGACAGAUACUAAUGCCGCCCUGGCAAUAUUUCACAGUAUUGUCAAGCAAGAUGUCGACGCAGAUAAUGAAGACGGUGUCAGGAUCAAAGAACAGAGUAUCAUGGAACUUGGCAAACUCUUAGCCAAGUCAAAACAGGCUGAUGAACUUGGUGGAUUGAUAAAGUUCACCCGUCCCUUCCUGGCGAUGGUAAGCAAGGCCAAGGCAGCUAAACUAGUAAGAGGCAUGGUGGACCUGUUCUUAGAUAUGAAUGCAGAUACAGGGAAAGAGAUUGAGCUUUGUCAAGAGUGUAUCGACUGGGCCACCAAUGAGAAGAGGGUGUUUCUACGUCAAGCUUUGGAAGCCAGAUUGAUAGCUCUUUAUCACGAUACCAAGAAAUAUACAGAUGCAUUGUCAGUGGGCUCCAGGUUACUGAAAGAACUGAAGAAGUUAGAUGACAAAGCUUUGCUCGUUGAAGUCCAGCUCCUAGAAAGUAAAGUGUACCAUGCUCUCAGCAAUCUUCCCAAAGCCAGGGCUGCAUUGACUUCAGCUAGGACAACAGCCAAUGCAAUCUACUGUCCACCUAAGCUUCAGGCAGCUCUAGAUAUGCAGUCAGGUGUUUUACAUGCUGCAGAUGAGAGAGAUUUCAAGACGGCUUUCUCCUAUUUCUACGAAGCUUUUGAGGGCUACGAUUCGGUGGACAACCCCAAGGCCAUCGAUGCCUUGAAGUACAUGUUACUCGCAAAGAUUAUGUUGAAUUGUGCUGAUGAUGUGCAGUCAAUAGUGAGCGGGAAGCUUGCUCUCCGUCAUGCGGGACCAAGUGUAGAAGCCUUGAAGAGCAUAGCAAAUGCCAGCAAGAAUAGAUCACUAUCAGAGUUUCAAACAACUCUUCAGAAGUAUCCCUCUGAGCUUCAAGAGGAUCCGAUCAUCAACGCCCAUCUAGCAUCGCUCUAUGAUAACCUCUUAGAGCAGAAUCUAUGCCGUAUCAUAGAACCAUUCUCCAGGGUACAAGUUUCCCACAUAGCAAGCAUCAUUAAGCUACCCUUGGAUCUUGUGGAGAGGAAGUUGUCACAAAUGAUUUUAGACAAGAAAUUUCAUGGUAUUCUUGACCAGGGUGAAGGUGUACUGAUUGUCUUUGAGGAACCUGUUAUUGACCAAACCUACGAGAUGGCUCUAGAAACUAUCACAAACAUGGGCAAAGUGGUAGAUGCCCUUUACCAGAAGACCAAGAAACUCUAUUAAGUUUUUUGUAUCCAUUUGGUCUACUUCCAGUUGGUCUAAUCCUCUAAUCGUCUAACACCAUGGCAGAGCCCCAAUUGGUGUACUUUCUCUUCAAUUGAAUUACCAUUCGUUCCAUCCGUCAUUAACUGUCAUUUAGUCUAAUGUCCGGAUGGCCAAAUUUCCACAUAGGCUAAUUAUCAUUGUGCACUUUAUCGAUUAAAAAUUUGAAUCAUAAACAGUUCGUUUAAUCGUAUAGACUAAAUGGUAUUAGACCUAGUGGAUUCGAGAGGAAAUGGGUUCAGCAUAACUGAAAAUAGAAGAACUGGUACAUGGGCUAGGAGGCAAUUAGACCGAAUGGUUAGUCGAUGAGCUGAGGAACUACGAUUAGACCUUGUGGGAUGAGAACAAAUGAUACAUAGACCAACUGGGUGUAGACCAAAGGACAAUUUACGUAUUAGAUUGUGUAGCACUAAGAAGGCAUCCGAAACCAUCGAUUCCAGGCUAUCUUUGCCCAGAUACAUUAACUACGUGGUAACUGAAACUUGAGUGGACUAUGUCUUCAAAAGUUUGAAUUUUAUGGGAAAUGUGGAUAUUCUGUCUCCCUGAUGUGACCCUUUUGACGAUCACACUUCCAACUAACUUAUCAAGUCAAAUCAGAAUAUUCCAUUGGUAAUAUUUAUCAUUUGAAGAUGUAAGCUGUUCAGAUUGCAGUUUGGAAUUUAUUUUAACAAGUAAACUCGUCAGAACCAUUUGAUCAUUGAUUGAGUUAUAUGGAAGAAUGAAUCACAAUGAACAACAAUUUUUUCUUUCCAAAAAAAUACAUAUGUUCAUGUAUUUCUGAUUUGUGGACAUAUAAUGUCCCAAGGCAAAUGUUUUCAAUAUAAUAGAUCACAGGCCCGUUGCAGAAAAGGUUGUAUGUAAACACAAUCAAGCGUAAGUCCCUAAUGCACACUUCAUUGGUUGAUAGUCAAGUUGCAUUUGAUUUUUGGAGUUGGGAUUGCUCACAAAUCUUCCUGCAACAGGCUACUGUAAUAACAGAUGUCUGCAGACCAAAUGUGUACCAUUUAUCGUUUGAGGUUGAUAUUUGAGAAAUCUGAGGUGUGUUGUAUUAUUCUGCAGUCAGCACCACAGCCAAAAGUCCAUUCACUUUCACUUUAUUUGCUGACCCCCAGACUUUGUAAAACAGCAUUGGAAAUACAUGUAAUGGAGAUACCUUUGGGAGCAAGCAAAUUCUGGGUCCCAUUGCAUUAGAAAGUUACUAUGAUAGCAACUCUUGUUAGAAUGUCAACUUUCAUUGGAAGAGCUAAUCUGGAAGCAGAAUUUUCACUGUUGUCAUGGUAGUUGACAUUCCAGCAAGAGUUGCUAUGAUGGCAACUUUUUAUGAAAUGGGUCCCAGGUGUACGAACAAGAAAUUCUCAUCAACAAAUAACUUUUCAAUGUAUUUGUAAUUAAUGCCAUGAUGUUCUUAACCCGUUGGAGACAGAAUUGGCAUAUUGAUGGAUGGGGCCUCAGGGAAACGCAUGUAAAACCAAUGUAAUCCAGUCCCCCAUGGGUGAAUUAUGGAUUGACAAUCUUCUACUCUGAGCAAAACACUGGACGAUUUCACUAUGCUUAGGUAGCCUAGAAUAAACUUAAACUAUUAACCAUGAAACAUUGUCUUCACUGUACAUAUAUGUAUAUGCAUUGAUAGGUUGAUACUUGUCUCCAAGUAUUCAGUGAUGAUUUCCUUUUGUAAUGUUUAUUUGUUUCUUUCCAUUUGAAACCAUGGAAAGUAAAAUGUAAAAUGUACAUGUAUUUCAGUAAUGAUUAAAAUCAGACUUUUACAAUGUCA